AUGACGGCGAGCAAGCGGGUGGCGAAGGAGCUGGAGGAACUCCAGAAGCAGCUGCCCCGGUACCUGCGGAACCUGCGCAGCGAGGAGGACGACGUGCUGGUGUGGCACGCGCUCCUGCUGCCGGAGAGGCCACCCUACAACCUCAAGGCCUUCAGCGUGUGCAUCAGUUUCCCCAGGGAGUACCCGUUCCAACCCCCGACAGUGAAAUUCACCACCAGGAUCUACCACCCCAACGUGGACAGGGACGGGAGGGUGUGCCUGCCCAUCAUCAGCAAGAAGAACUGGAAAGCCAGCACCAGGAUCUGCCAUGUCUUGGAGGCCCUCAACGUGCUGGUGAAUCAACCGGAGCCAGGAGAGCCCGUUCGGCUAGAGCUCGCGGAGCAGCUGACACAGGACCCAGAGCUGUUUGACCGGACGGCCCAAGAGUUCACCCUCCAGUUUGGACUGGACCGGCCCUCCUAA